AUGAAGACCAACUCAUAUUUGCUUUUUGCACUAAUUGUGAUCAUUCUCCUUUCAUCCACUUUUGCUGACGAUCUCUCCAAGCAAGAGACGACGCCUCAGACAAAAGAAGCUGCGGACACGCAUAAAGCAGAAGCUAAAGAAGAUGGAGGAAAGUAUCGUGUAAACUAUGGUGGCGGCGGAGGAAACUAUGGUGGAGGUGGCAGCGGAUGGGGUGGCGGAUGCCAUCAUGGAUGCUGUUAUCAAGGACACGGAGGAAGUUGCAACAGAUGUUGCGCCUCACCAGAAGAAGCCAAGGCGUUUGCGGAAAAUCAAGCAAAAUCAAGAAAAGCUGUUGACGCGCAUAAGGUAGAAGCUAAGGGUGAUGACGGACAGUAUGGUAUAAACUAUGGCGGCGGAGGAGGAAACUAUGGUGGAGGUGGAGGUGGCGGUGGCAGUGGAUGGGGAGGUGGAUGCCGCCAUGGAUGUUGUCAAGGAUAUGGAGGUAGAUGUAACAGAUGUUGCACCUCACCAGAAGAAGCCAAGGCAUCUUUGUUAAAUAAAGAAGCAAAUGGUGAUGAAGGGAAGUAUGGUGUAAACUAUGGUGGCGGUGGAGGAAACUAUGGUGGAGGUGGAGGUAACUAUGGUGGAGGUGGCAGCGGAUGGGGUGGUGGAUGCCGCCAUGGAUGCUGUCAAGGAUACGGUGGAAGAUGUAACAGAUGUUGUACUUCACCAGAAGAAGCCAAAGCAUUUUAUGUAAAUAAAGAAGCAAAUGGUGAUGAAGGAAAAUAUGGUGUAAACUAUGGUGGUGGUGGAGGAAACUAUGGUGGAGGUGGCAGCGGAUGGGGUGGUGGAUGCCACCAUGGAUGCUGUAAUCAAGGGCAUGGAGGCAGUUGCAAUAGAUGUUGCUCCUCUCCUGAAGAAUCCAAGGCAUUUAAGGAAAGCCAAUCUCGCCCAUGA